AUGACGACGAUUUCCAAAAAGAACCAUGCCGAUUACUCAGAUUUCAAUGACUUCACUAGCAGAGACGACACAUUUGAGAUGCUCCUAAUGUCCUACGAAAGUUUAUGCGAAGAUCAAAGAGAUUGGGUAUGCAAUUUAUCUAACGCAGCUUCGUUAUUGUGGCAUGCCUAUAAGUCUCUUAAUGUGGAAGUCAUCUGGGCGGGAUUUUAUACCGUAAGAAGUGGUAAACCUUCAGAGUUAUUAUUGGGACCAUUUCAAGGUAAAGUAGCGUGUCAAAGUAUUCCUUUCGGCCAAGGUGUCUGUGGUACUGCAGCCGACAGUAAAGAGACUCAGCUUGUUUCAGAUGUUAGUAAAUUUUCAGGUCAUAUUGCAUGCGAUGGCGAAACAAAAAGUGAAAUUGUUGUUCCGAUAGUUUCGACUGAUGGCAAAACUCUUGGUGUUAUUGACUUAGAUUGUGGUGAUUUUAAUGGAUUUGGUGAAUCAGACAAAAUUCAUUUGGAAAAAUUAGCAAAGUUAAUAGCCAAGACAUGUGAUUUUUAA